AUGGUUCCAGAAGUCUCAAUAAAUUCUGGAACUCCAACAAUAUAUUUAUCAUUAGAUGUUAUUAUUUUAGUUAGUGGAGCAAAGGAUUUCUAUGAAGAUUAUAAGAGAAGAAAAUCAGAUAAAAAAGAAAUAAUAAGUUACAGCAUUUGAUUGAACAAUAGUUUUUUUUUUAAAUAACCUCUUUUAAUUUAAGAGCCGAUCACACUCUGAAAGUUCAUUAGGAUGAGAUAAUAUAAGCAUAUAUUUUAUUUCUAAGAUCAAUUAAAAAGGAAGGAAUUUUUUAUGUAGAAACAAAAUUAUUAGAUGGGAAAUAAAUUUAAAAUAAAAAGAUGUACAUGCUGAUUAUAUAGACUUAAAAUAUUAAAAUCCUACUCCAUAUUUAUUAAAGUUUAUAAGAGAAACAACAACAUUUAAUCUCUAAGUUUCAUCAAUAAAUUUAAAUAAAUUUUUAUUAAGAGAAUGUAAUUUAACAAAUGGAAAAAUAUAUUUUUUUUUAGAUAAUGAUGAUAAGGCAAGAACAAAAAGAAGUAAAUUAGAAGUUUUAAUGUAAAAAUUUAUGUUUAUGA